AUGAAUAUUUUUAGUAAAUGUGUGUGUUUAUAUUCUUUUAUUUCAGUAUAUGUAACUUGCUUAAAUGAAAAUAAUAAAUCAAAUAGUAAUAAUGUAAACAAUGGUAAAACAAACCAAAACUCGGGUGGCGUUGAUCUCAGUAAUCUUGGAGAUCUUUUAAAUGCUUAUAAAGGAAAUAAUAACAAAGACAAUUUAAAUAAUAGUGGUAGUAAUAAUAAUAGUAAUAAUAAUAGUAAUAUUAAUAGAAAUAAUAAUAGUAAUAAUAGCAAUAAUAGUAAUAAUAGCAAUAAUAGCAAUAAUAGUAAUAAUAGUAAUAAUAUUAAUAAUAAUAAUAAUAAUAAUAAUAAUAAUAAUAAUAAUAAUAAUAAUAAUAAUAAUAAUAAUAAUAAUAAUAAUAAUAAUAAUAAUAAUAAUAAUAAUAAUAGUAGUAGUACUAAUAAUAAUAACUUGGAUAUGCUUAAAAACGUAUUGAAUUCUAAUGGCUCAUCAAAUGCUAAUUUAGAAAAUUUAAUGAAUCUUUUUAAUAGCUUUUCAAAUAAGGGCAACAGUGAUCAUACAAAUGAUGCAAGUCAUAAUAAAGAUAACGGUGCAAAUGGUAAAGCAGCCCAUCCACUUGAACAUUUAACAAGCUUACUUGGAAAUUUAGGAGGUAAAAAUAGUGGGGAUGGUAGUGGUGGGAAGGGUUCAAAUCCUAUGGAACAUUUAACAAGCUUGCUUGGAAAUAUGGGAGGUAAAAAUAGUGGGGAUGGUAGUGGUGGGAAGGGUUCAAAUCCUAUGGAACAUUUAACAAGCUUGCUUGGAAAUAUGGGAGGUAAAAAUAGUGGGGAUGGUAGUGGUGGGAAGGGUUCAAAUCCUAUGGAACAUUUAACAAGCUUUCUUGGAAAUAUGGGAGGUAAAAAUAGUGGGGAUGGUAGUGGCCGUGGAAUGGGAGAGUUACUCGGGCAUCUUGGUGGUAAAAAUAGUGGGGAUGGUAGUGGUGGGAAGGGCUCAAACCCAAUGGAACAUUUAACAGAGUUACUCGGGCAUCUUGGUGGUAAAAAUAGUGGGGAUGGUAGUGGUGGGAAGGGUUCAAAUCCAUUGGAGCAUUUAACAAGCUUGCUUGGAAAUAUGGGAGGUAAAAAUAGUGGGGAUGGUAGUGGCGGGAAGGAUUCAAAUCCUAUGGAACAUUUAACAAGCUUGCUUGGAAAUUUAGGAGGUAAAAAUAGUGGGGAUGGUAGUGGCGGGAAGGGCUCAAACCCAAUGGAACAUUUAACAGAGUUACUCGGGCAUCUUGGUGGUAAAAAUAGUGGGGAUGGUAGUGGUGGGAAGGGCUCAAACCCAAUGGAACAUUUAACAGAGUUACUCGGGCAUCUUGGUGGUAAAAAUAGUGGGGAUGGUAGUGGUGGGAAGGGUUCAAAUCCAUUGGAGCAUUUAACAAGCUUGCUUGGAAAUAUGGGAGGUAAAAAUAGUGGGGAUGGUAGUGGCGGGAAGGAUUCAAAUCCUAUGGAACAUUUAACAAGCUUGCUUGGAAAUUUAGGAGGUAAAAAUAGUGGGGAUGGUAGUGGUGGGAAGGGUUCAAAUCCUUUGGAGCAUUUAACAGAGUUGCUCGGACAUCUUAAUAAUAAUAAUAAGGACGAGAAUAAAAGUGGGAACAAUAACAAAGUUAUAGGUGAUAUUCAGUCUAUAUUGGGAAAAUUUUUAAACUCAGAAAAAAAUAAGAAUGCUCCUUUUUCAUUAGAUAAAAGUGUGACAGAUGGUUCUACAAAAUCAAAAGAAUCAAUAUUAUUAGAAUAUAACAAAAAGGAGAGGGAUUUGAUAAACGAGUUGCAAAAUUUAAUAAAAAAAAGUAAGGAAAAUAUGAAUAAUAAAGAAUUAAAUGAGAAAAAUGAAAAAUUGAAAACGUUCUUUUCAUCUUUAAGAGACAAGUAUAACCCGUAUUCAUAUGAAAGGAAACUUCUGGAUGAUUUGAUCAGUGAAAAUGAUAUAAAAAAUAAAUAUAACAUAGAUGAUAGUUUUGAAAAGAAUAUAUUUAUACAUGAAAAAGAUGAUGUAGUAUAUGAACAGAUGAGUGAUGCAGAAAAAGAAAAGAAGACAGAGAUGUUUGAAGAUAUAAACGAAUUAGACGAGCACGAAACAGUGGAAAGUGGGUCUAUUAAUAGUAAUAUGUUAAGAAAGAAUAAAAUGGAAAAUGCGAGUGUCUUAAGAGGGUUGAUUAGUGGUGAGAGUGACAAUUUACAUGAAUGUAAUUGUUCAUCACAUAAAAAUAAAAAUUGCAUAUUUUCCUAUAUAAAUUAUAGUAAUUUAGAGUAUAUGUUAGAAAGUUUGGAUAUUGAUGUAAAAUCAAUGGUAAAAGAACACAUAGAUAGUUAUAAGAAUGCUAAGCAUCAUUUUAAAAAAUCGGACUCAUUUCUUGUACCCUUGUUACCAUUAAAUGUAAAAUCAAAUAUACAGAAUACUUCUAAGUAUAUAUUAAGAGUUCCUCGUGUUUUAUUUUUAUCAACAAAAAAAGCUUUUUCUACAUCAUUGGAUAGAUACUUUUUCAAUUUAUAUGAUGUAAUGGAAAAUCAAUUAAAAUGGAAUACUUAUAUAUGGGGUUAUGGUUUUAAACACUAUCCUUUAUUUUUUUCCAAAAAUUUACAUACCUUAUUACAUAACUAUGAUAAACAAAUAGGAAGUGAACCUUUUGAUUUAAUUUUUGUUCAUAGUAGUUUUGUUUCUAAUUAUUACAAUCAUUAUUUUUUUUUAAAAAACAUGCCCAAAUUAACUACACUAAUUUUUAUAAGUGAUGGAUGGGAUAAUAAUGUAAAAAACACAUAUUUGAAUUUGUUUCCUCAUAUAUUUUUUCAAAAUCAAGUAAAUAUAUUUGAGUAUAACCCGAUAAGUAGCAUUGACACAGCAGCUGAGAGGAGGAAGUUGCAUAAUAGUUUAUGGAAUAAAGUAUCAAAUAGUCGCACAAAUGAUAUUAUAACAAAUAAACAUAAAAAAAAAAAAGAAGGAAAAAAGGGUUCUUCUUCACCUGGUGACGAUACGGAGGAGGAAACGUUAGAUAAGGAUGAUCCGAAUAGUGGUUAUUACAAUAGUAUGAAUGGUACCAAUAAUGACUAUAAUGAUGAUGAUGAUGAUGAUAACAAAACUUUGUGGGCCUUCUUACCACAUGCAGUUAAUCCAUGCUGUUUUAAAAAAUUUGAUAAAUGUUUUGAAGUAAAAGAAAAUGAACCAAAUAAUAGAGGAGGAAUAAGUCCUACUUAUUAUUAUGACCUUGCAAGGAAAAUAGGAAAUAGACAUAAUCCAAGUGUUGAAUUAAGUUAUUCAUUGUUAGAUUUAUUUUUACCAGUAUGUACUUUUAAAGACCCAUCAUCACUUUUUAAUAGCUUUACAAGAGAUAUUGAUAUAUUAUAUUUAUAUAAUACAACAUCAAGUAAUUACAACGAUUUCCUUAUUCAAAAAAUUAUGGAUUAUAUAUAUAAUAAAAAUAUGAACAACUUAAAAGAUAAAAUUUAUAAAUAUGAGGUAGAUUUGUAUUACUGGAAAGUAUGGGGUUUACAAACAACUCAUAAACUUAUAAAAAACAAAAUGAAAGAAUAUUAUAAUAUUUUACAAAGAAGUAAAGUAUGUGUAAUCAGUUCAAAAUUUGCUGGUAUGUUAAAUAAAACAGUCAUUGAUGCAAUGCUAAAUGGAUGUGUAGUAAUUACAGAUAAAGGUCAUAAUAAAGAUGUAAACAAAUUUUUAGUUACUACUCGUAUUCCUUAUGAAUAUUAUGAAAUAUCAGACUUGAUUUAUAAUAAUGAAAAUAUGAAUUCUUUAGCUGCUAACCUUGUGGAAAAAAUUAAUACAACUCUUGAUCAAGUAAAUAAGGGGAAAAAAAAUACAAUGAAAAUUGAAGCAUUCAAAAUGGUUUUAAAUACUUAUACCUAUCCAGGUGUAAUAUUAAAUUGGAUACUACCUACAUUAUAUUUUCAUUAUAAUAAGGAAAAAUAUGAACUUAUUAAUAAUUAUUUCGUUUUACCACAAUAUUUUGAUAAAGUUAUUUCAAAAAGUUUAAAAACAACAAGUGCUAAGAGAGAAAAAAUUAUUGCCAAUAUUGAUUUGUCUUUGCAGGAAGAUCUUAUCAUGAAUAAUAAUGAAGUAGCCACUUGGUACAUUAUAUGGAUAGUAAUAUUUGUAGUUGUACUUUUCUAUAUUAUAAGAAAUAGUAAUAUUCUUAGUCUUAUUUUUAAACAACGCAAGCUGCAUCUAUGA